UCCUUCCCGGCUCCCGAAGUCCCCCGGAACCCGGCGUUUCGAACUUCCACUCACCCGCCACUCCGCCAGGCCGGCCAUGCCCCUACCCGGCGGCAACGGCAAGCCCCCUCCGCCUCCGCCUCCCCCUCCCCCUCCCCAGCCACCGCCGUUCCCCUCGCUCAUCAAGCUCGGUGGCGUCAUCACCGCUCGCGACGUCGACCGCCUCCUGGCCACGCUCCUCCGUCGCCGCAGGCACCACCUCCUCGCCGCUCUCGCCUCCCAGGCGCUCGCCAACGCAGUUGCCCCCACCCCGCGCACGCACCUGCUCGCCGCCUCCGCGCUGCUUGACUCUGCGCGCCCGCGCGAAGCGGCCCAGCGCCUCGCUCUCGCCUCAUGCACUGCCAACCGUGGCCGCCGCCUCUGGCACGCACUGCUCCGACGGGCCUGCGCGGGGCAAGGAGACCCGCGUCACGCGCUGGAGCUGCUCUCCGCGGCCGCCGAGGAUCAAGCCGCGGUUCUAUCCCAGUCCACGUACCGCGUGAUGGUGGUGGGGCUGUGUGCCCGCGGGGAGGUGGAUGGCGCGCUCAGGGUGUUCGACGUAAUGACCAGGAGGGGUUGUCAGGUGGACGAUCGCGUUUGCAGCUCCAUUGUUUCUGGGUUCUCUAGAGCUGGGAAGGCUGGAGCAGGUCUAGAUUUCUAUGAUAGGGUGAGGCGUGAGUUCAGUGGCUUUGAGCCGGGCCUGGUGACAUUGACGUCGGUUGUCCAUGCUCUUGGGUUGGAGGGGAGAAUCAAUGAGAUGGCAGAGCUGAUGCGGGAGAUGGAGUGCAAGGGCAUGGAUGCUGAUGCUGUGUUUUAUGGCAGUAUGGUUCAUGGAUACAUGAGUUGUGGGUUCUUGAUGGAGGGUCUACGGAAGCAUCGGUCCAUGAUAGAUAAGGGAAUCACAGCCGAUGUGGUUAACUACACUACUGUUAUUGAUGGCUUGUGCAGAGAAGGUAGUGUGGCGAAAGUAAUGGGUUUCUUGAAUACAAUGGAGCAAUAUGAUGCUAAGCCAAAUUUGAUUACUUAUACAUCACUGGUUGGUGGCUUCUGUAAGAGAGGCAGGUUGGAAGAUGCCUUCUCUAUCAUGAGGAAACUGGAACAAACUGGCACGGUGGUGGAUGAGUAUGUAUAUUCAAUUUUGAUUGACAGUUUGUGCAAGAUGGGAGAUUUAGCUAGGGCUUUCUCUUUGCUUGCGGAAAUGGAAAACAAGGGAAUAAAGGCUGGCAAUGUAACAUACAAUACGGUUAUAAAUGGUCUGUGUAAAGCUGGUGACACUGAAAAGGCUGUUGAAAUUUCUGAAGGUGUUUCUGCUGAUAACUUCACAUAUAGCACACUGUUACAUGGUUACAUUAACAGAGAUGAUGUAACCGGUGUUAUGGCAAUAAAGGGUAGGCUCGAGAAUAGUGGUAUCUCUAUGGAUGUUGUCACAUGCAAUGUUCUUAUCAAAGCAUUGUUUAUGGUUAACAAGGUGGAUGAUGGAUGGAGUUUGUUUCAUAAAAUGCCUGAGAUGGGCUUAAGGCCUAAUACUAUCACCUACAAUACAAUUAUAGAUGCAUUGUGUAAAGUUGAGGAAAUUGACAAGGCACUGGAGCUUUUUGAUGAAUACAAGAAACAUUCGUUACUCUCCAGCACAGUUGUUCAUGACUGCCUCAUUAAAGCACUGUGUAAUCAAGGAAAAGUUGGCAUGGCUGGCCAAAUAUUUUAUGAUCUUGUUCAAAAAAAAUUAAGACCCGACUUCUAUAACUGUAGGAAGCUGAUUCAUGCAAACUUCAAAGAACUCGGUGAACACGGUGUGCUGGAUUUUAUUUAUAAGGUUGGUGAAUUAGAUAUUGACUUAUUUUCAUCUGUCUGCAAUUAUGCUUCUACUUUCUUAAGCAACAGGAAUUGUUGUCGAGCAGCAAUGGAUGCUUACAAAUUACUCAGAUCGCAAGCAAGUUCUGUAACUAGUAAAACAUGCUACAGGCUGCUUAAGAGCUUACAUCGAAAUGGAAGUAAAGAGGUCAUACAACCAUUGCUCUGUGAGUUCAUUAAAAUUCAUGGUCUGCAUGAACCUAGAAUGAUAAAUCUGCUGUCUUGUCAUCUCAGCAAUAAAAGUGUUAGUGAAGCUAUUUGGUUUUCUAAUUACAUGGAAACUGGAAGUGUUCCUGUCGGUGUUCUGAGAGGAGCUGUCUAUACUCUAAAGAAGCAAGGUGAAGUUCUGGAUGCAUGUAAAUUUUUGAAGGAAGCUGAACAAAGCGGGUGUUCAGUAGAUUUAGCCAUGUAUUCCAUAGUGGUGGAUGGACUUUGUAAGGGUGGAUAUCUUGAAAAGGCACUAGAUCUUUGUGAAAGCAUGAAAAAAGAAGGGCUUCAUCCAAACAUUGUCAUCCAUAACUCAGUUCUCAGUGGUUUGUGCCAGCAAGGAUGCCUUACUGAAGCAUUCAGGCUCUUUGACUAUUUAGAGAACAGCAAAAUGCUUCCAACAAUGAUCACUUACGCCAUCCUUAUUGGUGCCUUGUGCAGAGAAGGUUUGUUAGACGAUGCAGACCAACUGUUUGAUAAAAUGUCCACCAAGGGUUUCAGACCCACGACCUGUGUUUACAACUUGUUGAUCAGUGGUUAUUGUAACUUUGGAUUAACAGAAAAGGCACUUGAGCUUAUGUAUCACUUGGAGGAACUCUCUGUAUGCCCAGAUUCUUUUACAAUUGGUGCAAUUAUUAGUGGACUUUGCCUGAAAGGUGAUACUGAAGCUGCAUUACGCUUCUAUAACGAAUACCGUUAUAAGGACAUAGAACCUGAUUUUGUUGGUUUUAUGAGCCUUGUCAAAGGACUCUAUGCAAAAGGAAGGAUGGAAGAAUCCAGGGGCAUCUUGAGGGAAAUGUUUCAGUGCAAAAAAGUCGUGGAGUCGAUAAACAGUGUUGGAGAUAAGAUUCAAGCAGAGUCUCUUGUUGAUCUCCUAUCUUCUGCAUGUGAUCAAGGGAGGAUCAAUGAGAUUGUGACUAUCCUAAAUGAAGUGGGACACAUGCUUUUAUCCUCUUCAGAUUCUAGCAUCUAUAAUGCACUUGGGCACCUCAAGAAGUUACAGAAAGCUGAUGAUGCUUGUGGUUCCAUUUCAGAUUCAGGACAAGUAAGUCCAGUAGCUUAUGAUGUUUCUAGGAACAGUCAUCAUAGGAGCUCUGAGGUGAUAGAUGGAGAUGAUAGUUUAUCAAAAGCAAGUGAUGAUACUGAUAUUGACUACCAAAAUUUGCUUGGGAAGUCUUUCAAUGAUGACUUCGACUCAUAUUAUACUGCUAUUGCUUCACUUUGCUCAAAAGGGGAGGUUCAUAAGGCCAACAAGGCAGUUGAGGUGAUGAUUCAGAAUUCUGGUUAAAUUUGGUGAUCUGUCCAACUUGUUGGGGAUUUUUUUUUUCUACCCACAGUAGCAUCAUCUGCAACACAUGUAAACUCAAACAGGCACCAAAUGAAAACAGAACCCUGACUUUGCACAGGCUCCAUCAGUUGAGAGAGUCUAUGCUGGUUGACCCAUGGUGCCCAUCCAUGUGGUUGUGAAUAUAUAUGAUUGUUCAAGAUUCUGAAAAUCCUUGAGGUUGAGGAUACAUCUUAUUAAGUUCAACCACAUGGACUGAGCAUACAGGGCUCUGAUAAAAGAUGCUGAACUAUAGGAAUAAGGGAAGAGAGAAAGCCCAUACAACUAUGGGAUCUGCUGCCUGCAGGUGCCAAAUGCUAAAGUUGACACAGCGGGAGUUCUAGAGAACUCUCGAAGAAAUAGAUGGAGUGAUUGACAUAGAGCAUGAAUUCAUUGAGUUGGGAUUUGGAGUCAAAUCUCAAAACAUGGUAAGGAACUAUGUUUAUCAAGCAUCAUAGCUGUGCCAGAGCAUGUAAAUAAUACAAAAGAGAGGACGCAGAGUUUACUUUGACAAAGCAGUCAUGGAAAUGCAGUCUGACCAAGGAUGCCGCCAUCCUGGUCUCCUUGGCCACAGCCUGUGCUACAAUGGACUGCACAAUCUCCUUCGCCUUGGGGCAUGAAUGGUCGUAGAACCUAGGGAACAAGCCGCCCCAUGGGUGGCCGUGGACGGCACUGGCAAGGAGGAGGGGAGAAACAAGGCAGAGCAAGACGAGGCAACCCAUGGAAGUUGCCAUGUAAGUGAGUAACCUUUGCUGCGCUAUGUUACAAGAAAGAGAGUAUUGCUACUUGCUUGUUUCUUCUUCUCUUUUGGAUGGUUCGAUGAGGUGGGCAUAUGGUAUGGUAUAUAUAGCUGCAGGAAGUGGGUGUAGUGCAUGUAAGGAAAGGAGGGUGGUUUGGAACAGGGGACGGUGGGAUCAGAUGCAGCAGGCAGCUGGGUUGUUAGGGGGAUGCUUACAGAAUAAGCGAGCUAGCCAGACAUUGUGGCAACUGCUACAUCAAUUCCAUCAGAUUCAAUUGGACUCUAACGUUCUUAAUUAGUCCUCGUUUAGCAUAGCUUCAGCUUCUCCUGAAACAGUUGGUGAAACUGAACCUGUUUUGGAAAACGUUUGGCGAAAGAGCUUCUUCCUGGUGAAGCUAGGUGAAGCCACGUUUUUGUAGCUUCACCUCGCUAGUAGAAGCACAUGAUGGCUUCAUGAAUAGUUUCAAGCUUGAAGCUAGUCCAAAAAGAACCGUUUGGCAUAGCUUCAUGUGAAGCUGCCCAUGAAGGUGUGCCAAACGGGGCCUUAGUUGCUGUUUCGUGCUUCAGUUUCAGCUGAAAGCUACAUGGAGAUUAACGUUUUGUCCUAGACAAGUCUAGGUAGAUUGAAAACAAUGUCUGCCACUUGUUAAACGGCAAACUUUGCUGCAAUCUUCUCAUAGGACUGGAGUAGCGUGUGAAACUAAAAUGAAGAGUCUAUUAUUAAUUGGUGAUUAUGCAUUAUAUAUACGACUCAUCUUGUAAACAAAACUAUCAUACAGUACAAUGAUGCAGUUUUAUUUUGAAUUCCA